CAAUAAUUGUGAAAUGAAGAUCGGUCAAGCUACAGUGGCGAUAUGGAAAUUUAGAAAAAAUAUCUUGACGGAACUGUUUGUUAGUAGAAUUUAGUUUACAUGACACCUUUCUUCUAUAUAUAGAUCCCAUGGGAGCUUCACUAAAACCAGCAGCACAUAUACACUGAGAGAAAGAAAUAGAGAGAUAAGAUGUUGGAUAAAAUAUGGGACGAUGUUAUGGCAGGACCUCAGCCUGAACGAGGCCUCGGCAAGUUCCGGAAGCUCUAUGUCACUACUUCUACCGAUACGGCCGGGGAUGAUAGUGGGAAAUAUGUGAGGUCGCUGUCUAUGCCGUCGACUCCGGAGGCACCAGCAACGCCGACAACGCCAACAACUCCGUCGGCGAUGGCGCCGCGCAAGGACAACGUGUGGAGGAGUGUGUUUAAUCCAGGGAGCAACCUUGCUAGCAGGAGAAUGGGAUCUCAGGUCUUUGACAAGCCUAGUCCCAACACUCCUACUGUUUAUGACUGGCUUUACAGUGGGGAGACUAAGAGCAAGAAUCAUCACUAAGAGAUCGAAGCGAGAGAGCAGAGUACGCAGUGCGGUUGAUUUGGUGUUUUUUGCUACUUAAGCUUAAUCAAUGUAAAUGGUGUCUUUGGAAUAAGUAAAACCAUCGUUUUUGUAUAUAUUUGCUGUGCGCUUCGCUAUGUAAGAUUAGCAAUAAACUAGUUUUCCAGACUUACUCUGAGCUUCUUCUGGUGUUCCUGUCAAACGACUGCUAGUAUUAUGUGACAUAAAAGUUUGUGAUGAUAAAGAAUACAGUGUGUGAGUGUGUGUGGGGUAUGAUGGUUUGGUUAUGAUUGUCUGAUACUAUAUGUAUAAUUGCCCAAUGCGAUGGUGGUUUCUUGUA